AUGAUAGAAGACACCCACUUUUUCAAUGGUAAUGGUGGUGGUGGUGGUGGUAAUGGUGGUUUUGGUCGAGGUGAUGGUGGUGGUGGUGAUGAUGAUGAUAAUGAUGAUGAGAAGGAGGAGGAUGGAAAUAAUGGUGGUGGUGGUGAAGAGCAGGAGGAGCGGGAUGAAGGUAAUGAUGGUAAUGGUGAUCAUAAGAAAGCCGUACGCCUUUUUAGGCGGCAAUCUUCUUAUGUGAAAAUGAACAUGUGGCCGCUAGAAGGUGAAUGUGCAAGAGUCAAAGAGAUUGUUGAAAACUCUGGUUUGUAUAAUGUCGUUCUGAACUCUGUGGUUGCAUAUGAUAAGGUCGCAAUAUCAAGUUUAUAUGAGAGGUAUUACGGUGAAGUCGAUACAUUCAAAUUCCCUUUUGGCGAGAUGGCAUUGACUCCUAAUAAUGCAGACCAUAUAUUAGGGUUGCAGGUCGAAGGAAAAUCCACCAAUGACAAGUUCAAGAAAAGGCUUACUUGGAAAGAAAUUUAUGCAUUGACAAAGAAUUUGUUUGGCUGGGAUGAAGAGACGACAAAUGGCCUUUCCGUGAAGGGAAAUAAAUACCCGAAGAAAGAGAACAAACUUUUAGAGAUUAGGAAGAUGUAUGCUGGGUCGAAGAUCAGAGACGGAUAA